GAUUGGAGCCGAGCUCAGUUGUCGCCCGCUUGGCAGGCAGCGGAGCCGAGCUCAGAGUUCGAAGAGCAGCGAUGGCUGAAGCGCUUGCAGCGGCAGCGUCAUGCUGCUCGGUCCAUGGCAUUCGAACGAGGUAUCACUCCGGCAAUCUUUUCCUUCGCCGGCAGCAGCAGCUGAAGAUUCAGUCCCGGCUCACCAUCAAAGGUCAGAAUGACAGACGCCAAGACGAUGGGCUCGAAGUUGAUCGAACUCUGGUUGUCAGUGGAGGUUUGGGUGAUGGUGUUAGUCGUAGAGAAGCGCUCAAUAUCUCGGGGUCAGGCCUUUUGGGUCUACUUUUAUCUAUGGGUUUACAGCCUGUUGAAAGAGCAUCUGCCAAUCAAUUUGCCGACAUGCCAGCUUUACGUGGAAAAGACUAUGGAAAGUCCAAAAUGCGCUUCCCUGACUACGUGGAAACCUCAUCAGGUCUUCAGUAUAAGGAUCUGAGAGAAGGAGUUGGGCCGCCUCCCGAACAAGGUGACGUGGUGAUGGUCGAUUGGGCUGGCUACACCAUCGGAUAUUAUGGUCGAAUUUUUGAAGCACGCAAUAAAGCCAAAGGCGGAUCAUUCGAGGGAAGCGAAAGAGAUUACUUCAAGUUUAGGGUCGGAGGGGAUGAGGUUAUACCCGCAUUUGAGGAGGCAAUCAAAACUAUGCGUGUUGGAGGUGUGCGAAGAGUGAUCGUGCCCCCAGAAUUAGGCUACCCAAACAACGACUAUAAUACGAAAGGACCCAAGCCAGCGACAUUCUCGGGUCAAAGAGCGCUGGACUUCGUACUAAAAAAUCAGGGACUGAUAGACAAGACUCUUCUGUUUGAUAUAGAGCUACUGAAAGUGAACAAAAACAAGUAAUAUGACACCACUUUACGGGCAUAAGGUCACGGUUCUUUGGGAAGGUUUUUUUGUUCUGAAGAGUUGUGUGCUUACGCAUGGUCCUGAGUAUUUCAUUAGAGCAUCAAAUCCCGAGAAGAUGGGAAAUCCACGCGCAGUCUUGAACCACUGGUUUGUCGUUUGCUUCCGAUGUUCUUUCGAGAGCAGUCUUCAGGGUUACUUGUUACAGGAACCUUGGCCGUCUGACCGAUCACACUUCAUCUGAUGCUGUAUCUCUUCUUCGUGACGACACUCAGAAGUGCCUUUCGUUAUGUCGGAGAUUUGUCAUUGUUGUCCCCCCUUGAAAACGAAUCAAACCUC